GUUUAUGUUAUAAAAUAACAUAACUAUGAAAUAUAAUGCGCGUGUAAAUAUUAUGUUUUAUCAAUAAUAUGUUUAUAAGUGCUGUUGUUUUUUUUUUUUUGUGAAUUUUUAAAAAGAAGAAGAAGUGUAAAGCAUAAUAAUUCAAAUUUGUGUUUAAUGCGCAUAUUUGCAUUUUAAUAAUAAUAUAAUUUAAAAAACUUAAACUUUGUAUGGUUUUACAAAAAAAAAAAAAAAAUGAAUUAUAAUAAAUAAAUAAUAUUAUAAAUUGUAUCAUAUUUAAUUUAAAACUUCGUAAAUAAGAAAUGAAAUUAUGGAUACUGGCAGCGAAGACGAUGAAAAUAUAAUGUUUGAUUUAAAUAAGAAAUCAUCUCUUUUAUUACCAACAAUUAAUGAUAAAAAUUUUACAAAUAAUGCCGACUUUAGGGAUAGUUUUCUUCGUCUCACAUCAAUGGUGAGACGUGUGUAUUUUAGUUAUCUGUACAAAUCAUUAUUAAGUAAUUAUGCUAUUUCAUGUACAGCAAAAGAUGUCGAUGAUUUUGAUUAUAGAGUUAAAAAUUGUGCUAGUCAAAUGGAACUUUUUGCAGUUCGAAACGCUUUGGAAACUUCAUUAUAUCGAAAAGCAAUGAUAAAAUUGAUCUCAGAAGUAAAGGAACAUACAAAUGAGCAGAAAGUUUACAAAACUUUAAUGUCAUUUUUAAUAACAACGCCUGAAAAAUCAGAUGUUGCUAUUCAAACAGAUGAAAUAAUAACAACAACAACAACAACAACAAUGACAUUAAAAAAUGAAAAUUUAAAUACAGAAGAAAAAAAUGAUAUUUCCACUACAGAAGGGGAAAAUAAUUCAAAUGAUCAUCAGGAUAUUACGAUAAAAAUUGAAUCGUCCAAUGAUAUUAAUUCCGAAAUCGAAACUCAAGAACAUUCUAUAAACGAAGCUAUUGAUUCAAAAAUUGAAUUAAAUAAUAUUGAAUGUCAAAAAUCAAAUUUAAAAAUUGAUAACGAAACUCUCCAAUUAAAUGGAAAUCCAAUUAUAAAUAAAAAUUCCACUAUUAUUGCAAAUGAAUCAAUUAAUGCAAAAGCUGAAGAUUCACAAGAUUCACUUUUUCAAACAAUGGAAGAUAUGUUUUGUGAAAGUGACGAUAGUAGUGAUCUCACAACACUUAUUGAAAAACAUUCAACAACUAAUCAAUUUGAUAAUUCAUUAUCACAAUUAAAUUUAAAUUGCACAAAAAAUGAUGAGAAAAAAUUAUUAAAAUUACAAGAAUUUAAAAGAAAAAGAAGUGCCGAGAGAAAUUUUUUAAAAGCAAAAAAACGUAAUACAAGAAUAUCACCAAUUGGAUUUAAUGAUUUAAAAAGUUCAAAAUAUCGUAAAAAAGUCAAUGAAAUAUGGCUCGUCGAAAGAGUUCAUCAAUCGUCAAAAUUAAAAUCAACAAUGUUAGAAAUAUCAUUGAUAAAUUAUCGUAAAUAUGGACGUAUAAAGGAGAAAUUUAUUGCAUUAUUUGGUGAAUCAGACGAUGAUGAUACACAGCCAGAGUCGCCAAUUUGUAUUGAAGAACAUUUACAAGCUUGUAAAGAAAGAAUUGCACCUUGGAUUGUUAAACAUUUAACGCCAUUUUAUAAUCAAAAAAGAAUAUCUAGCCGUGAAUUAUUUAAAACAAUUUGUAGACAUGUCACUGAUAUGCUCAUUAUUAGUAAUACUUUUCCAGAUGAAGCCGCUGUUGAACAUUAUAUGAAAGAUUUUUUUAAAAAUAGAAAAAGUAUUAAUACUGAGGCUGACAUAUAUCUAUAGCGUACUCAAAUGUUAUUUACAUUCAUAUUUAUAUAAAUAGUCAUUAAAUUUAGAAAUUAAACAUUAAAAAAAAACUCGGUAAUUUUUUUUUUUUAAGUUUUAUUUAUUCUCUGUAUAUGAAAAAAUAAAGAAAUUUUUUUUAAAAAAA